AUAACUUAACCUCAAAGAACCUGGUACUCUUGACAUUUUAUAUUGUUCUUGCGUUGAAAACAGUCAAUCGAAUCUGCACUCAAAAUGGCUGGUGAUCAUGUGGACGAAUCCAAGCUGACGGGACUGUCCAAGUAUUUCAACGGUGAGACAAUGAGAGGACGGGCAAAUGUUGCUAAGGCCACCUAUGCCAGCUUCGGUCUUCUCUUUCUGUAUCUGUAUCUGAAGCCGUCGAAGAAGUGAGGAACUGUAGACAUAGCAUAAAUCACAUGAAGAUAUAUUUAGCUUUAUGGUUCAAAAAGUGAAAAAUAUAUUAUGCAACAGUGCUGAAACUUAAGAA